ACUUCCCCCCCUCUUGCCUUUUUCUUCCGCCAUCUUGCGCCCGGAUCGUCUCGUACGGUGAGUUUCGUCGUUUGUAUCCGCCCGCAUCUGCCUCUGACGGCUCCGUAACCCGGCCAGCGGGGAACCGUUUGAAAUGGAAAUGCCUGGAGAAGCCACAGAAACUGUCCCAGCAACAGAACAGGAGCUGCCCCAGCCUCAGGCUGAGACAGCUCCAGCUCCUGGGGCCCCCAUGGAAACGAUGAGCCAGCCAGUUGCUGCCAAGAAUCCUGAGGUAGGAGGAGGCAAGGAUUCUCAGGCUGGGACUGCUUUAGAGUCUUCAGCAUCUGCCAUUCCUGCUUCUUUUCCUGGUGCUGCUGAAGCACCUCCAGUCUGUUCUCAGCCUCCCAUUCUAGCAUCAGCAGCUGUUUCCACCUCUUCUACUUAUAGCCCCCUCCACCCUUCCUCUUCAUGCCGUGAUGCUAACUCUCCCCUUGCUAGCCUCUGUUCCUUUACUCCUCCACCAGAACUGGUUACCUCUGUCUCUACAGUACAAGCCACUCCUGAUGCUGCCUUGUCUUCUGCUGACUCAGUUAUGUUAUCUCAGACCCUUUCUCCUGUGAAACCACCAGUUAUGGCUGGUAUUGCACCUGUUGGUGUAUCCCUACCUUUAGGGCCUGUAGCUUCUCCCCCAUCCUCAGUAAUUUCCUCUGAAUCCCUUACUUCUGCUCCAUCAACAUCUCCUAUAAGCCCAGCAGGGACAGCUUCUGCAGCCUCAGUUUCUCCAGUUUCAUCAUCUCCUGGCCCAGCUCCUUUCAUUCUCCCAAUUGCUCCUGUGUCUCCUUCUAUGGCUAUACCUCCCAUCCCCGCUGAAGUUCCAGCUCCUACUGUGGCUUCACCCUCUGGUCCAACUCCUUCCUUUCCAAGUUCUGCAGAUGCUCCUGCCUUAUCACCAACACUUCCUAUCCAUAACACUGCAAGUCCUACCCUCGAUCCAAUGGCUCCCAUUUCAUCCUCUCUUCCCCCUUGCCAGCCUUCCAUACCCAUCAGCUCUGUUCCAUCUCUUCCUGAUUCUAUGACCGUUCCCAGCCCCAUUAUUUCUCCAAUGCCUGUAUCAAUUCCGGGAUGUCCUGCAGGGUCACCUACAGAAUCUGCAUCUCAUCCUGUGACUCCUUUGGCACCUAUUUCCAGUUCUGAGAUCCCGGCUUCCUUUCCUAAAGUUUCUGGGGCUGAUCCUUCGUCUCCAGCAAAGCUUGCUCCCGUAAUACCGCCUGCAAAAUCUACUUCCGGUCCUGAAUCCAGUAUCAUGUCCCCAGCAAAGCCUGCUCCUGCACCAUUGUUACCUGAAGGUCCUCAUGGCAAACUUGUUUCUGGUUCUCUACCACCUGUGAAAUUGGCAUCUGAUCCUGCAGCCCAAGAAGUAUGCCCUCUGUCUGGUCCACUAUCUGUUUCUUCCCAGCUACAAACUCCUGUUCUGGCGCCCGUUCCCGACUCUGUAACUACUUCUCUAGACAAAGCAGUGCUGGCUUCUAAACAGGUGGCUCCUGCCAAGUCCCCUGUGAAACCUCCUCCUCUCUCAGAACAUCCUGCUGAUGCUAUAAUCACAGCAGAUCCAAUACUGAAGCCUGCUUCUGGGUCUGUAGCCCCUCCUGGAACCCCAAUAGGCCCUUCUAGUCCUGUGCCACUUUCUUCACAGCCAGAGAGUCCCACUUCAGUUCCUAUUUCUGGCUCUCCUUCACUGGGCACGGCAGUGUCUAAGCCUAAAGAACUGGGUAUGGUACUUCCUUCACUAAAACCGGCUUCCUCUUCAGAGAUUUCUUCAGAUCCUGUGUCCUCAUCAGGCUCUGUACUUACACCUCCACUUCCUCCAUCGCCCCCAAUGAAAUCUAUUUCUUCGGUGCCUAUUCCUGAGCCCAUUUUCCCUUCGGCUACAGCAGCAGGACUAGUCUCUGCUCCAGGACUACCCAAAGGGCAACCUGUGAAAACUGUAUCUAGUCCUGUGACUCCUCCGGGACCCCCUGUGGAAUCUGCUCCCCUUCCAGCCCCUGUUUCUAGUCCAAUAAUGCCUCCCAUAGGCCCUUCGCCACCUGCUUCCAAGAUGGUUCCAUCUGUUUUGGAACCAGCUCCUGCUCUUUCAGUAUCUGCUUCUGUAACUCCAGGGAUACCUGUUUCUCAGCCUGCGGCUGUUUCUGGCCCUGUGGCUGCAGUAGAGCCUGCUCUUGUCUCACCGGCAUCGGCUAUGAAGCCAUUUUCAACUUCUGAACUUGCUUCUAGCUCUUUGUCUAUGGCAGAGUAUGUUUCUAGUCCCGCAACACCUCCUGCCCAUAUCCCUGCACUUAUUUCUGGAUCCGCAGCCCUUCCUGUGGCCUCUGAAGAGGUUACUCCUAACUCAUUGGCACCUGCCUCCCAUCCAGAAGCAGCUUCUGAGGUACCUCCUCCUGACCCUCAGGCAUCACCUAUAGCGGUAGCAGAGACUGCUUCAGCUUCUGUGACACCAGCUGCACCUGCCCAGAUAACUUCUCCUGUGGGCCCAACAAUGGCAGUUUCUCAGACAGCACCCUCUAUGGUGCCUGCACCAGUGACCGUUCCUGGAACCCCUGCUGCUUUUCCUAAACCUCUUUCCUCUCCUGACCUUGUAGCCUCUGUCAUCCCUCCUCCUGGCAUUGCGCCUCCGUCUUCUGCAGUGACUCCUCCCGUUUCCCCCGCAGCAGCGUUUUCUAUUCCAGUAACCCUUAGUCCUGUCUCUAGCCCCAAAUUGCCCCCUGUCUCAGCCUUAGACAUGAGCCAGGUUUCCAUUUCAACUGGGGAGGCGAUGCCUCCCCAGAAAAUGGCACCUUUGCCUCUUGCACCUGCUGAUCUUUCUGUUUCUACUCCUCCUGUUGCAAGCAGCCUCACUCAGCCGGCUUCUCCUGCACCCUCUCCUUCUACCCCUGUGAAAAAGCUAGAGCCUUCCUCUGUGCUUCCCAAGCCAUCCCCUGUUGCACCCGCACCUGGUUUAGCACCUGAAGUUACCCCCAGCCCUAUCUCUACUACCUUUGAAGACGACGAGCUGCCACCCUUGAUCCCUCCAGAGGUACAUGUUGAGGAGUCACCUCUGCAGCCAGUCCUGGUGGACUUCUCUCCUAAGACAGCUGUGCCCCUUGCUGAGGUUCCAGCAACUGCUCCUUUACCACCACCACCUCCUCCUGUCAAACAGCCUUUCCUGAAGAAUGACAAGGGUUCUGGAACAGAAUCCGACAGCGAUGAAUCAGUGCCAGAACUUGAAGAACAGGACUCCACGCAGGCCACCACACAGCAGGCGCAGCUUGCAGCAGCAGCUGAAAUAGAUGAAGAACCAGUUAGCAAAGCGAAGCAGAGCCGGAGUGAAAAGAAAGCACGGAAGGCAAUGUCCAAGCUUGGCCUUCGUCAGGUCACAGGUGUAACCAGAGUUACCAUCAGGAAAUCCAAGAACAUCCUCUUUGUCAUCACCAAGCCAGAUGUAUAUAAAAGUCCUGCAUCAGAUACCUAUAUAGUCUUUGGAGAAGCGAAGAUUGAAGAUCUCUCUCAGCAAGCACAGCUGGCUGCUGCUGAGAAAUUCAAAGUGCAAGGAGAAGCUAUUUCAAACAUUCAGGAAAACACACAGACUCCUACUGUACAAGAAGAAAGUGAGGAGGAGGAGGUUGAUGAGACUGGCGUUGAGGUGAAAGACAUUGAGUUAGUUAUGUCCCAAGCAAAUGUUUCCCGGGCAAAAGCAGUUCGUGCCCUAAAGAAUAACAGUAACGAUAUCGUAAAUGCAAUUAUGGAAUUGACGAUGUAGCCAUCCAGAAAGGACUUUUUGGUGUUAUAUUACAGCUGAAUUGAAAAUUUGUACUAUUUCUAUCAGUUAAAUAAAGGUGAUGGUUUAAAAAGA